UAUUUAUGUGUGCUCUGUUUUACGGUAAAAACAAAGGGAUAUUACCACCCUACCAGAUAAUAUUUAUCUGGUAAAUUUCUUUGGACGAGGAUGUAAUGGACAUGGAUGAAAGGUCAAAUAAUAUACACAAACAUAACAUCACGGAGCCAAGUACGUGGCCACAAACAGGCCAUGUUUAGAUGAAUUUUGGUAGUUUAUCGAUUGAUAAACUUUCGUAAAGUUUAAUCAUGAGUUGGUUUGAUUCUAGUUUUUCUAAUUUUGCAAAAGCAGCACUUUCCAACGCUCAAAAAUCUAUUGAUCGUGCGCUUGACAUUCACGACGGCGGAAAUGCUGACGACGACGAUCAGAACCAAACCCAAUCAGAAGCUAGUGUUAAAAAAAGUAAGGUCGGAGUGGGUGCGACUAAUAAGAAAAGUACAGGCUCAAGAGCAAGUCCUGUAACUGACACUAAAACUCCACAGCGAUCAACUUCGUCAACGUCUGUGAGAUCAGCUAAAUCAAGUGAAAGCUCUGAUAGCUUUUUUGAUGAGUUUUUCGAAUCGGGCUCUUCAUCUCCUGAAGUAAAACCAGUAAAAUCCCGCUCACCACUACGCAGAUCAACCUCAGGACCAAAGACAAAACAAACAAAAUCUUUACUCAAAUUGAAGAGUGAAGAAAGCAGAAAACAAAAUGUUGAAGAAAUUGUCAGUAAAAAAGGGCAAAAUAAUAAAGAAAGCUUUUCAGAGGUGGAUCUUAAUGAGAAAAUAGAUGAAGAGAAAGUAACCCAUAAAUUAGAAGAACAAAAAAAUGAAGGAGACAAUAUUUUAAAGACAGAUGGUGAUGAUGCACUCAAAGUGAGUGAAGGAAAAGAUCAUCCUGAUGCCAAGCAAAGACAGAAGGAAAAGGAUCCCGACAUUCCAGUUGAAAAGAAAUGUUCUGAUUCUGAUGAUCAUUCCCAGUCUAGCUCUGAUAAUGUUGAUGCAUCUAAACCCAAGAUUCAGCACCGGAAGACUGUCAAAGACAAAGCUAAUGAUGAUGUAAAGAAGUUGCAUAGGAGGUCCAGCGAGUCACCAUCUGAUGGAAAAUCUGACCAAUCUGAUGCUGGUGAUGACCACAUGUCCCUUAAGAGUGAUAGCGAUUUUGUUGUGAUCAGUGACUGGAAUGGAAGUGAGAUAUCAUCGGUGUACGAUCUGCGAGAGUCAUCUGCUGUCUCAUCUCCGAAGAAUAUGUCGUGUUCUUCAAACGGAAAGAGAAGUCCUGACAGUGAUUUCAGUGUGAUAUCUGAUGGGAAGCUCAGCGAAAUGCAGGAAGGUAUCCCAAUGAAUGCAGUCUUGCACAAGGCACCAAUAACUCUUUCAGAAAGAUUCUCACCAUCAUAUUCUGCCGAUACAGAGUCGGAGAAAUCAUCACCAAGUCAUAGUGAUCAUGGUGGUAGACGUACACCAACACCGCUUGGAAGUGAUGAAAAUGGUGAAGAUAACAGAAGCAGUGAAGAAUCUCCGCCUAAAAUGACAAUGAAGUUAGAAGAGGGGUUGUUAAAAGUAGCGGAGAAAGUUGCCCAGCAUGCAGAUACUCCAGGACCAUUACAUGACACAGCAGACACUUCAGAACCAAAAGAAAGUGUUGAAAAUUCUCAAGGAGGUUUGGACCCGAAUUUACAUUCACCUUUGACACAAGAUCCUUUACAAUCGGAUAAAUUACUGAAGAAAUUAGCUGAACAAGCAGAAAUAUUGCAAGCAAGAGAACGACAGAUUAUGACACUCAGCAGUCAAGCUAUUGAUAAUCAAGAGACAAAUAACAUCCUUCGCAGUCAAUUGAAACAAGUGGAGGAGCUGCGUGAAACAGAACAGAAAGAUAUUACUAAUUUAACAGAAGAAUUCACAAACAGACUCGCAUCAAUGGAGACUAAAUUGCAAGGUUCUCAAAAGGAACGAGACAGUCUGAAAAAGCAGUUGACGUCAACCCAAAAGUUGUUAAAAGAAAGGGAAGGUGACACCAAGAUGGCAGAGGACCUGAAAGAGAAAGAUGAACAGAUAACAGAAUUGAUGGCAGAAGGAGAAAAGUUAUCCAAGCAGCAGCUUCAGAAUUCCAAGAUCAUAAAAAAGUUGCGCAGCAAAGAGAAAGAGACAGAAGGAGUCCUGAAGUCUUUAAAUGAACAAUUAAAAGAAUCACAAGAAAGGGUCACACACCUUGAAGAAGUUUUAGAUGCUAAGGAAGAAGUUGAAAAGAAAAACAAAGAGGGCAUCAAGGUAUUAAAUUCUGCAGUUGAAAGGCAAGAAAAGGAGGUAAAAUCUUUGAGGUUAGAGGUCGAAGAAUCUCGAGAGAAGAUCCGCAGUACACAAGCAGCACUAGACACUUCAUACAAAGAAAUAGCAGAAUUGAACAAAAAAAUAGCAGCAAAGGAUAGUAUGGUACAAGAGAGCCAAUUGAGUGCUGAAAUGAACGCUAAAGAGUCAUUAAGGUUAGCACUAGAGAGGGCGCAACAGGAGUCUCGCAUGGAUCAGGAAACGCUAGCACUACAGGUAAAUGACUUAAGGAUGAGUUUGUCAAGAUCAGACCAGAAAUAUGCUCGUAAAGAAGACCGGUUGAAGCAGGAAAUUGGUGACUUACAACAGCGCCUCCAAGAAGGAGAGGAUAGGAACCAGGAACUUAGUCAAAAUGUCUCAGCAGCAACCAAACCUCUGUUGCGGCAGAUUGAAAACCUCCAAGCUACCUUCAACGCCCAGUCAAGCACCUGGGAACAGGUGGAGAAAAGCCUGACAGAGCGGCUUGUAGAGUGCCAAUCCCAGUUAGCUACUGCCACUGAGAAGGAACGGCUAGCAGCAGAAGGCUCCUUGGAAGUCAACUCAAAAUUAGCAUCAUUGGAAUCGCAGGUUGCUCUGCUCAGACAGGAAAAGACAAAGUACCUAACAGCACUGGAGAUGGAGAAGUCAAAGUUGCAGACACUGGAGGACACAGUCGAUCGUGAUGCUCUUCAGAUGGAUUCCCAGCGUGCAACUUAUACUAAAGCCCUGGAGGAGUUGCAGAAGGACAAAGCGCUGCUGGAGAGGAAGCUGGAGGUUGAGAAGAUGAAGGUUGAAGCAGAGCACAAGAAACUCCUUCUUGCACAAGACACCAUCAAAGAAAAGACAUCUAGAUUCAAAUUCUACAACUAUGAAGCACCUAGUUUCCAGUCUGAAAAGCGAGCACAGGAUUAUGACAGUAAUAGCUCACACAGCCACACGUCUCGCUCCAGCACGCCAACCAAAGAUGAGCGACAUCACCAUCACCAUUCUCCAUUAAUAUUCUCCCCAUCUCAGGGUGAAAUUUUGGAGCGUACAAUUUCUAUCACAGGUGGUAUUUCAAACGUGUAUGAUAGUGUUGCUGCGGGAUCAGCAACAUCGGUAAUGGAGAAUUUACAAUCUCAAUUAAAGCAAAGAGAAGGAGAAAUAACACUGUAUCAAGGAGAGAUCACACAAUUAGAGAGGACCAGGGGGUCAAUGGCUGAAGAGAUUGUAAAUCUAGCCAAUCAGAAAGAACAAUUAGAAGAGGAGGUCAAAGUACUGCCAGACCUGAACCGAAAAUUGAAUGAUUUGGAGCACCGUUACAAUGCGGUUCUGCAGAUGUAUGGUGAGAAAGCGGAGGAGGUUGAAGAACUGCGGCUAGAUCUGCAGGAUGUGAAAUCCAUGUACAGGCAGCAGAUUGAAGACUUAAUUCGAAGCAAGUGAUUGUCAGCGAAAUCAAGUUACAAUUCAACAAGUGCAAUGUUUUUGUUCAAUAGUGGCCAUCAUUUUUGUAGCACAGUGGAUACAGACACAGCACCAAUAAUAUAUCCUAGUAAAGAAAUAUAUAUAUAUAUAUAUAUAUAUAUAUAUAUAUAUAUAUACACAAUAUCAUUAAAGCCGGUUUUGCACUAGGCAAAUUUAUUCAUGCGAAUCGAAAGCGUUGUUUCAUGCACAAUAACAUUUCUAUCAGAGUUUUUGCUUCAGCGAAAUUGGUAGUUCGAAUUGUUUACACUUUUUGCGAGGCGAAAAAAAUGCGCAGCCAAUCAGAGCUCAGGAAGCAAACCAACACUGUCGAUUCGCGCGAAUAAAUUCGCCUAGUGGGAAAACAGGCAUUACGUACAUACAAAUUGACACCACUACAUACACCCUUACAAUGCUGCAAAUACACAUACAACAAAUGCUAACAAAAAAAAAAAAACACCAAACCAAAAAAAAAUAAGGUAUUGUACAAACAUAAAUGAAUACAAACAAUUUUUUUGUGAUAGUAUUUUACCAAUUUACAUACUGUAUUUCAUAUAUAAAUAUAAAUACAGGUCUCCCUCCAAUUAAAGACCACAUUUCGGACUGAGGUUUACAUGGUCUUUAGUAGCUUUGGUCUCUAAUUAGAAUAAUAAAGAUAAAAGGUGGUCUUUAAUUGGAGGGGUUUGUAAUUUGACAGAGACCUGUACACACAUACACACACAAACCCACAUAGAUCAUACCUACAAACAGGCACAACACAUUCACAACGCUAAACACAUUAAAAUACAUCCCCACAUGCAUUGAAAAACAUUUGCUCACAUACACAUUCAAAAGUUUUCCCAGAUAAAUACUCAUAAACAUAUGCCAUCACAGAUACUUACAGGCCCAUAGUCACAGCAGGAUACUUUACAAACUUACGCUUACCCCAUACACUCAACAGAUACAUUCCCACAUAGAUCAUCACAAAUGUAUACCCCAGAUAGACAGAUCCUUACAAACUUGGCCUCAUACACAUCCUUGCAUAUCAUGUACAUAGAAUUGCUGGUAAAUUGUAUAAUAAGAAUUUUAUGAUGAUUAUAUUAAGUUAUAUUUUUUAAAGGGGAAAGUAAACUUUCAUUUAUGAUGGAUGUUCAGUGUAUGUAUGUACCACCGACUUAAUACAGGAACCCUUUGAGGAGUCCUUAGAUUUAAAUUUUUUUUUUUAAACACCUUUCUGUGAAUAAUAUUUGUAAUUUAUUUUUAACUUGAUUUUUUUUUUUUAUCAAGUAUGUGAUUUUGUAUUAUUCAUUUUAAGUAUGUUUGGUGAGUGAGGGAUAAAUAAGGUUUGACAAAUAUAUUUAUUCAAUAUGUCAUAUCUUAUUUAAGAAAUAUGUUUACAAGAAGGAGAAUGCUGAAAAAUAUAUAUUUUUCAAUAUUUUUGUCAUUCUUUCUUGCAAUACCACACAUGCACGCUUGUUGUAAACUUCACUUGUGAGUUUUCCACAUGGCUUAUCAUUUUGAUAUGUCAUUGAGAAAUAGAUAGGUGAAGAUCAGAGCUAUUUUUGUCUUAAAUAUCUAGAAAAAGUCACUCUUGUAAAUCAUGUACAUGGACAUUUUUAUGAGUGUGCUGUUUUAGGUAAGAAAACGAAAAAGCUUUUUAAAUUAAAUUUGCCUUAGUCCUCGUGAUUUCUACCAUGGAUACAGGUUACUUUUGCUUCUAUAGUGAUUUUUCCGCUGGUUACAAAGCAUUUUUUAAUUGUAGUCAUUGGGCAAGUGUUUUGUCUGUCUACCAGUGAGUAUAGGACUCUCUGAUAUGAGGAUUAUUGUACUUGUUGAGGUGUAGACCAGCUCGUACAGAAACUUUCUUCUCCCCUAAUGAUGACUUUAUGUCUGAGCUUCCUGGUAAACCAGUACCAUCUGUACUCUCGUCUGUUCACAACAGGGGCUUUGUGGACCAGUAGUACUCCGGGGUAACACCUACUUGUCUUGAAAGAUGUACUGGGGUUCUUUUAAGUGCUCACAAGCUAGUUCUGUCCACUGGGCCUAUGGUUUAUUGUCCUUAUCCGAAUUGUUCCACCACUAUAACCAUAGACGAGUGAGCCACGACUCAAACGACCGACACAUCUUAACCGCUUGGCCAUGCAACUUGGUGGCAGGCAGCCCCACCAGUAACCCACUUGUACUCCUGGGUGGAGAGAAGCAGGGACACAAAUGAAAAGCACAGCGAGCAAUGAAAUGCUUGACCUUGAGGUUGGGAAAACCAAACCGUUCCCGCUGCGCCAGCCUGCUUCCACAUGUAGAGUACGAACAGGACUCUAACUUAUUAAGUAACAUUAGUAUUCUAUUUCAGCAGGCGGUGGAAUUUUCCUCAUAGUAUGCUGCCCUCAAACAAUUCUUCAAAUGUAGCUUAAAAGGGUUCACCUUGACUCUAGUGUGUUUUUAUUUUUUGUGUAAUGGUCCCAAUGUUUUUAAAAGCAGAAUCUAAGAACAAUUCUCAAUUAUUCCUUCAUUUCUUUAUAUCAGGUUGAUUUUCAUUACUGUAGUUGAACGUUAAUCACAUUCAUACUAUAGUAAUUAGUCCUAUAUUAAUUUUUUUUUUUAAAUUAUUUCAUCAUAUUCUUUUAGGAUUUGCCUGCAUGCUGUUUUGAAACAAAGCCCUAGUCUGUACCAGAACAUUGAAUUUAUUACAGUUAAUGAAAUUACAAAAAUAAUGAGGUAAAUUAUUAAGGACAAACAUGAUAAUUAGAUUAAAAUAAUUGAAUGUCAAUAAGCUAUUAAGAAUUAUGAAUUGUUUCCAAGUUUAUGGUUGAAUGAAUAUAUAAUUAAAAUUAAUUACUUGAUACACAA